AUGGCGGAAAGGUCGUUCGUGCGGUGGUGCGGUAGUAUUUCGACGGCGAGUGUAUCAGGCUGCGCCAGAGCAAUGGCGACACCAAUGGAAUGCACCAGAGGCUCGACAUACAAGGCGGGGUCUUUGUACACGCGGGAAGAACAGUACCUUCUCAGCGUGACCGAGAUGGCGCUCAGCUGUUCCUCGUAUGACGAGCAUGUGCACUUUUCAAACACUAGCUUGAAUAGCACGUCGACGUUGCUGCGUUCGGAGCAGUCGGGCACGAGUCGGCCCCCGCAGGCGCACUACAAUCUCCUCUCGCGGGAGAUGGAGAUGAGCUAUGGGCGCGAGUUGUUGAAGAUGGCGGUGUUGGAGCCCAUCGAAGAAGAGAAGAUGCCGGUCGCGUACAGCGAUAUUUUGCGCACCAACGAUGCGAUUCUGCGCGCGUGCCGGGGCCAGAAGGUGCGCUACGGGCUGCCACCGUUCAUGUUCAUUUCCGGCGCGUCCAACGGGGACAACAUGAUUGACGCCAAUUUUCUAUUUACAGACGAUUACGAGCAAUUCCACUACAUGCAACGAUACAAGAACUUCCCGAACGCGAACUCCCUCGAGUAUGUUCGGAAGAUGAUCCAACCUUACAUCGAGUUCCUUGAUGAGUUGGCUGCAGACAUGGCGGAGCGGCGAGCGCGCUACGAGUACUCGGACCAGCACACGCUGCCGCCAGCCAAAAAAGGAUGGGACCUUGUGGAUCCAGCUCCUAUGCCAGAACGGGCGAAAGCGCGGUCACAUAGCUUGGUAUCUUACAUGGUUCCCCAAAAAUGGGGAAAGCUAUGGGUUGGCAUGAAGAAACGGGCCAAGUUCUUGAAUCCGGUACGUGUUGCGAAGAGAAUCUGA